GUAUGUCCCAUGGCCAGUCGUACUAUGCCAGCGUCAAGGCUAUCAACAGUGUCGGUAAAACAGCCAGCGUGGUCUCCAAGCCGAUCAGCGUCGAUACAACACCUCCCAAACCUGGCACUGUCGUGGAGCUGAAGUCGGCCUAUCUAGUCAAUGUGUCAGACCCUAUUGCAUCUGAGAAACUCAACGUCAUCAAAUGCGACACCAGGGAAGAAUGUCUGCAAAUUAAGGCAACAUGUCAGGAAUCAUUGACAGGAGUGGGCGUGGCAUGGGAGGCCUUCCGCGAUGACCAGACUGGCAUUGCCAAAUACGAGAUAGCAGUGGGCACGACCCCAGGGGGAGGUGAGCUGAAGUCUCUGUUUGAGGUGGACAACGUUGACCAGAGGCACACCUACGUCACAGGCCUCCUGCUGAAGGGACAGAGAAAGAUCUACGUGACAGUCAAGGCAACCAAUGGAGCGGGUCUCAGCACCAUCUCGAUAUCCCCCGGCAUCUACAUGUCGUACCUCAGUCGGGGUCUCCCGCCCCUUACCCACGUGGGCGUCAUGGACGGCGAGAGUCAACAUGGUGAUAUGGACUACCAGACCAGUAUGUCGUCAAUGUAUGCCCAGUGGGAUGUGUCAGGUGACCCCUGUCCAGUGGUGAAGUACGAGUGGGCGAUACAGAGGGCAGAUGGACUCGUUGUACAGGACUUCGUGGACACCGAAGGUCGCACAUUCGGCGUCAAUGAUCAGCUGACCAUGAAGAACAAGCAGAGAUUCUAUCAGCUUCUGAGAGUAACCAAUGCUCUUGGCUUCACGUACACACUGAAGUCCAACGGUAUCACAGUGAGGGAUGACCCGCUUGUUCCCGGAGAGGUCAACGAUGGAGACGUCAUCGGGUUUGACCUCCAGUUCCUGAGGACGACGACCAAGGUCAGCGCCAACUGGGGAAUGUUUGGCAGUGACGGCAACGCUGGAGAGGAGUCUACCGUCCUGGAAGCCGAUGGCGUCGCCCCCAGCAUGGACAGGAACCAGGCAUCAAACCAGGAAGUGGUGUUUUAUGAAGUAGCAUUAGGAACAGAUCGACGUUUCGCCAAGACACGUGACAACGUCGUGCCCUUCACAAACGUUGGCCUCAACAAAACUGUGACAUUCUACGACUUGGGGCUCGUUACUUUGGAAGGCCUGUAUUACUUCACAGUAAGAGCACAUAGUGCUUCCGGGUCAAAGGUCGAGGUGACAUCAAAUGGAUUCGCUGUUGGAUUUGACGAUGGAACUAGAGCCGGACAAGUGAAGAUGGGCGACUUUAUUCCCACGACAGACAGGGUGGAACUGCGCUGGGAGGAGUUUGAGUCUGAUGUAGGCGUCAUGAUGUACUAUGCCGGUCUGUCCGACACCACGGAGGCCGAACACUAUCACUGUGGGGAGUUUACAGAGAUGGGAGUGAUCUCAAAGGAGGAGAGACAGAGUAUAAUGAACAUCGCCGAUGUCCGCAAUGUCGGCAGGGACACCUUUGUCAAGUUCCUCAACCUCACGCUGCAGCACGACAGUAGUUACUAUGCUUGGAUUAUAGGUGUUAACAAGGCCGGCGUCUGCAACAUGACAAGUCACAGGUUCAAGAUCGAUGCCACCCGACCUUCUAAAGGCAAGAUCAGAGCGGGCCCUUACUAUGACUUGGGCUCCAGUUAUGCAGCUAAGCCAACUCAACUGUCGGUGUACUGGAAGAACUUCAAUGACAGUGACUCAGGAAUCAAGAGCUAUACAGUCUCCCUUCUGAAGAACAUUUCUUGUGGCCAUGGCAACCCCGAGGAGCUGGUGGUGGAACCAAUUGCACUUGACACCAACGCUACAUCAUAUACAUUCAUGGACUUGAACCUUCAGCGGUCUGUCCCAUACUUUGUGAGGUUCAAGGCUGACAAUAAUGCUGGAUUAUCGACGACGGUUGACUCUUCCCCCGUCCUGUAUGACGACUCAAUCCCUUCACCAGGACACGUUGUAGACGGUCACGACUUCACCGCGGACGUCAGCUGGAUGGGGUCAGCCAAUGAGAUCAAAGGAACAUUCUUGCACCACCCGAUACCCGAUUCCUCUGGUUGUCCGGGGCGUCCAACCAAGUUUGACGACCGAGGAUGGAAAUUCUUCUCGUCGGACAGCAACUACGUAGGGUUGAACAAGAGCUUGUCCCUCAGCUUCAGGAGGGAGAACGUUUACCCCCAAGGAGAUGAAGUAGAGAUCAAGCUGGCCCGAGACACCAAGAAACCAAGGAUGUUUUCUGGCGGGUACUACAGGAAUGCUGAUCUGUUGAAUGGCGGAGUGUACAAGAUGUCCAUCAAGGCAGCUGGUGAAAGUACAACACAACCUCGCCCUAACAUAGUGCCUCGUUUCGGGGGACUCUUUGCGCGGCUUCCAAACAUAAGAAGUCCCGCCAGACAGCAGAAACGUGACAGCCGGCCAGUGACCAGUGUUGUGUUCUGGGACGGACCAGAGGACUACAUUCUCAACAACGACUACACACCCAAGCCUAGCUGGGCAGACUCCAACUGUGCCUGCUGUAAGGAAGAGCCUGUUUCAGAGACCUGCACAUGCAACUGUGAAGAGUAUAAGCAAGCAAAAGAUCACUACAGACGUCUUGAGACAACAGCUGCAACACUUACAGCAAACACGACAUCAUCGACGACAACCACCACUACUACGCCUACUACCACUGUUCACAAAGGGAGUGGUUUACAUCUUAGCUACAGACCGCCUGUUUUCAGCCCUCUGGCCGUAUCUGUUUUCAACGAACUGAGAGUCAAAGAAAAUAAAGACAUAUAUGUGAAGCCAAAAAGCGACCCCCAAGAUGCAUGUGGAAUGCAAUUGUUUAAAAAUACAGAUGGGGAAGAGUCGGUGAAGGGCAAGUUGGUGGCGUGGUGUAACUUUAAGGAUCCGAUGAUGAGGCCUCUGGAGACUGUCAGGGACCUGGAUGUCGACCCCUCCCUCGACUACCACGACUACACCAUCUCCUUCAGCAUUACCAGGGAGGAGGCCAAGGACUCGGCGGCCACGUGGUGCAUGAAGAUACACAUGGACGGAGAGGAGAUAUCGGACCAGUGUGGCAUCCCCCAUCUAUCAACAAACACCAGCAUAUUCCUGGGAAUAUGGAACCACAAGAACUACAUGCCUGCAACUCGCAGAGACGGUGCCAAUUACCUUCGGGUUUGGGAGGAAAGAGCAUCGUUUAAGAACUUGGAAUUGCCUCCUGAGUUAGGCAAACUGUGUCGCUAUGGCAACCCGUUCCGUGGAGGAAACAAUGCCAUAGUUCGGUAUGAAGCCGGAAUCGGGCUGAAGUCGGGUCAAGCUGAUGUCGUACCGUUCCGCCCGGUAUAUAGCCCGUGCAUUCCCUGUUUGAGGCCAUGUGACGCCUACAGCUGCAACGCUUCCUGUGACAAGUCACGUACACGGCAGGUCAGCUUCACUCUGACAGACCUCUCGCUGGACGAAACAACAACAAUCAACGGGAAGAAAGAACCGAUACCUUAUUAUCUAGCAGUGAAGGCAGUUCUAGGGUCAGGCAUGUCAGCUAUAUCCUCCUCUGACGGCUUCUCCGUCGACACAACCCCGCCCGACUUUGACCAGGACCUCAUGCUCUACAUGGACGUCUACCAAGGCAACUUCACUCCGUCCGCAUUCCAGGGAUCUAACGACACCAUCAAAGCUAUAUGGAAGUGCAGCGACAACGAGAGCGAAAUUGUCGACUACGAGUGGGCAAUAGGCCGGAUCCCCGGGGGAGAGGAGCUACAGACGUUCCGGUCGACGGGGGAGAACCCAGGGGGUGUCAACUCUGGAUUCGCAGGCAUACUGCGGCAUAACAUUACCUACUACGUGACCGUGCGCUGUACAAAUGGCGGUGGCCUCACUACCACACACCGAGACAAGAAAGGAGUGACCGUGCUGCUUGAAAACCCCGUGAUCGAUGACGUCAACACGACGAUAGAGGGCGCUAUGCCACUCGCGGACGACGUGAUUCCAGAAGACGCAAUGAAAACGGACGACCAAAACUCUGUGGGUGCAUCAUGGACGAUUAGCAAGGAUCCAAGCAUCAAGAGAUACGAUUUUUGUGUGGGAAGUUCGGCAACUGUCCCCGACGACAUCUUCCCCUGCACGUGGGUGGGCUACAACGAAUCUGGAACGGUGGCCAUAAAAGAUGGCUAUCUGAAUAUAAACGGCGAGAAGAUUCACAAGCUAAGCCAAUACCGUCCGGAUGCCAAUGACUGGAUCGACAACCCCUUUGACAAGAAACUUUUCACAAUGGCACCUGGCACCGAUAUGUUCAUAUUCAUGAAGAUGUGCAAUGAGGCGGGACGAUGCACUGCCAAGCUCAUCGGGUCGUCGUUCGUGGAGACGCAGUCGUCCACGAUGGCAGUGACGGGAACAGAUGGCCUCCCGGUCAGCAUACAGAUGGAUGGAAAAAUGAGUCUCCGGCGGAAAAGGGCAGCCUCGAAAGUGUCAGUACAAACUCCAGCUGGUCUAAAAGCCGGACAGUCAGUAGUUGUAACAACUCUUAACCGGGAAGAUCUGGAAAAAGAUUACAGAUCGGACGCGUCCACUGAGUUUGUCCCGUACAUGACGGACCCUGCAACGACAGCAGCAGACCCGGCAUUCCUGGACAGAGUUCUCAGGAAGAGAAUAAACUACUCCCACAACGACAUCUCGUUCUCCGUUACCAGCGUCGGCGGCCUUACUAUGACGGGACCACUCACCGUCAAGUUCCCCUAUGACAAACAUGACAUGGAGAGGAAAUACAAACUUCUCCAUUGGAACCCUGAUACACAACUGUGGCAUGACAGCAGUCAGACAUGCACAUCAGAACCCAACACUGAAGCUGAGGAUUCGGAAUCCUCCGUCAUCAAAGUAAAAGUAUGUGACACAAGGAGCGGUAACCAAGCAACGAGACGCCGGCGGUCAGCCUCUGCAUCAACCUAUUUCAGCCAAGCUACUCAGUUUCUCAUCACUCCAGUUCUGAUCAAAAUACCAAACGACGGCCCACGCAUUACUGGGCAUUCCCUCUUGGAAAUGGAUGAAGAUCAAGGCACAAUGAUGUACAUGCUGGAGGCGACCGACAGCGAUGGGGAUGAGAUCAAGUUCAGAAUCAACCAAUAUGACAUACGUGACAAUCUAACCCUGUCGGAAAAUGGCCUACUGAGGUACACCCCUGCGCCUGACUUUAAUGGUGUUGUGGAGUUGGGCGUUGUGCUGUAUGAAGUCCCCAUAGAAGGUGUUCCCCCAAGUGAAGUCACCGUCAACGUCACCAUCAUCGUUGUAUCCGUCGCCGAUGCUCCCACCGCCUUCGCUGCCAGUGACAACAGAAAUAUCCUUAACCCAGACCCAACGGAACCAAUACUGACCUUGUUGGAGCAAGAGAGAGUGAACGACACCUCCCCGACGGUGUACACGUGGGUGUUUGGAGCUUACGACGUUGACGACGGUGACAAUAUGACGUUGUACUUCACUCAACCUGAACACGGAUAUCUCUCGGUUGGCGAUGUCGUAACCACGUCGCCUGAUUGUUCUGGCAGUCAUUCGAGUGACCUCCCUUGUUCAGUCGUCACAACAGGCCACGGCGCAGACUCAGUAAACUGGAUCUACAGGAUCUUCCGGUACGAGCCGGAUACAGAAUUCUACGGCUUUGACGAGACCCGGAUCUACGUACAGGAUCAGACAGGGCUAUACUCGGACGUCAUCACUCUCAAGUUUGCUGUCAUGGAGCAGCCGUGUCAGAACGAGGCUAAGUGCAAGAGUAAAAACCCUGACAAGUACACGUGCACCGACUACCGUCGAGCGGAGGGAUUCCACAAGUACUACGUCUGUGACUGCGCCCCGGGCUGGACGAACACCAACUGUGACCUUGAUAUCAAUGAAUGCUUAACCUCCCCCUGUGUCUGGCCCUACAUGUGCCACGACCGUAUCGGAAGCUAUGACUGCGCAUGCCCAGAAAGUGACCCUAAUUGUGAUGGCUUGGAGGCGUGGAUGAUUGGACUGGUCGUGCUAACGCUGGUACUCCUAGCGGUCAUCUCUUUCCUGGCCUGGUAUUCCUUCAUGGUCAAAAGAGGACGUCUCAAGUGGGCGACGUUGUGGCGGCGCAUUGCAGGGGAAGCUCCAGACGUGUCCGAAACUAAAACAGCAUUCGUCAACUCUGCCUGUGAUGAGGUUGAGCACACGCGUGGAACCGUGAACACGUCGAAGUCUGACUCGUCACAUCCGGUUAAGAAACACGCUUCCGGGGCCAAGAAGAACAAGGUGUCAACCAGUGUGGGUGACUCUGCCCAACUCAAAUAUUCCGUGGAGGGGAAAAGCAGCCGUCCAAGCACUCCAAGAGAAAUAACCGUUCAGCCUAAAUCAAGCCACGCCUCUCAAGACUGGACACCAACAACACCGCAACUGACGGAGCCGGAGAGGUCAAUGACGCCAGUGGAGCAGUGUGACGAGCGGCCUGGGAGCGGUUACUCUCUGCUCAGAUCGACGCUCCAGAGGCGAGAGGGCAGCGUUACGUUAACGGACAAACCAAGCCACGACAGCGACCUGUAACUGAACAAAAGUCUCCUGCACUUUGCUUGUUUAGUAAACAGCACGAAGUACAUACAUUGAACUGGACGUUCAACCCUACAACGAUGUCAAAAGAUUUGACGUUAAUUGUGUUACAUACCCUAUAAAAAAAUAAUAUGUUAACAUCUGUUAAAUUAUUUUUUAGGUAAUACUUGUUCACCGAUUGUUUUUCUUGGCAGUACUAGAAACUUUACACAUUCACAUACUAGACUAAAUGAACAAUAUUUCAGAAUAAUAAGUUUCUUGUCCAUUUAUGUCUUUCAGAUAAUGCAAGUUAUAUCCUACAGUUUAUCUAAUCCUGCAAUGUAUGUACCAUGUCUGUGUGUGCCUGUCAUCACUCGUUCCGUGAAAAUAAAUAUGCUCAAGUAA